UUUCAGAGCCCAUUCAACACACUCGCUCAACUCUCAAACGGAACAAACCGAAAGCACACGGCAGAAGAAUAGUCCACGAAGAGGCAGUGUUUGUGGCGUGGCCCAAACGAUAAUCUGCCGAAGACCGCAACCGAUCCACUGAAGCCACAACUUCAUAGACUAACUACCCCGCGACCUUUCUCAAUUUCCCCUGUGCUUUUGGAAUGUCUUCCGAUCCAUCUCUACUUUCAUGGAAUGGCAUCCGCCUCCUUCUCAUCUGCUCCUUACUCACUGCCAUGACUAACUUCCCAUCAGGAUUCUCUCACACAUCUGUCAAUACCGCUGUCCACAAACUCAACGAGUACCUCAACAACUCGUUCACCGAAAGAUAUCGUCCUCUGGAUCAUGAAGAAGUAUCCCUUUUGAAAUCUGGAAUCAACUCGGCAUGGUAUCUCUUCCAAGUUGUUGGAGCAAUGUCAAGUCCGUUUCUCUGUGAUAAUUAUGGUCGCAAGGUAGCAUUUGCUCUCUCAAUCGCUUUCAUGACGUUGGCCGGAGCUAUGCAAAUGCUCGCCAGUUUCACGCCGUACUCGGAAGUCCUGAUUGCUGGUCGAUUGAUUGCCGCCGUUUUCUCCCCGUUGAGUGAUGCUGCGUUGAUUCUGUAUCUACAGGAAAUCUCUCCAUCUUCAUUGCGUGGAACCAUGUCAUCAUUAUAUUCUACUGGUUAUUCCACAAUGUGUCUUCUUGGAAUGCUUCUCGGACACGAAGGUCUUCUUGGUCACUCACUAUCAGUGCUGUUGUUUGUGCCAGUUAUCCCAGGAAUAUUAUCAACUGCAUUUAUCCUUUGGAUGCCUGACACUCCAAAGUUCUUGUUGCUAGUCAAGAAGGAUAAAGUGGCAGCAUUGAAAUCUCUCCGAUUUUUCCAAGGCUCUCUUCCUGAUCAGACACUUCUUAUCGAUUCAAUGGAACACCAUCACAAAGAAGAUGCUAAUAACAACAAUAACAGCGAGGAGAAAGCCGAUUCCGCCACUUCUGUAAUGCACAUUCUGAAGAAACCUCAUCUCCGAAAAGCUAUGAUGUUGUCAGUAUCCGCUGCGAUUCUGACUCUUCCAUUCUAUCCGAUCCUUCAGAACAGUACAUUCUUUUUCACAGAUAUGGGAGUUGAUAUGAAAACAUCACAAUUGGCUUCAAGCUUUAUGAUGGUUGUUCUAACAAUCUCUUCCAUUUGCUCAACUCUUAUUAUUGACAAAUUGCCUCGCAGAAUUCUUCUACUCACUUGCGGUUCUUGCACAGUUCUCUUCCUGACAAUUUUCGCGGUAUCUGAGCAAAUGCACCAGAAGUCGAUCGCUAUGGGAGCUUGUUUUGGAUUCAUCAUGUCAUAUGGAAUCGGAGUUGGGCCUGUCAUCUGGUCAAUUCCACCGGAGCUCUCACCAUUGGCCGACCGAUCAAUGAUGUUCUGCUUGGUCUACUCGAUUCACAGCUGCCUCGUUGUCGUCACCAACUUUGCGACGAUUCCACUUUUCAUGAGCAUCGGCGCAUUCUCAUUCGUAUUGCUUUUUGCCAUUCCGUCCGCAUUCGCACUUGUCUAUCUACUGGUGUGUCUUCCGGAGACAAGUGGCCGCGAAAUUCAUGUUAUCAUCAACGAAUUGAAAGGAAUCGUCGAAGAUAAAGAACCAAGCAGAGAUGUUAUCACUUCAAUUGCCUAAUCACAUCGCAUUUUAUUCUUCAUUCCUGAGCACUUGAGAUGGAUCGCGGGGUAGUCUCUGUAUAUCUACUUCAUGUAUUUUUGAUAUAUUCUGUAACACUUUACUUAUCCCAUGACACCUCGAAAUUAUGUAUUUAGUUGACCCAUAUCAUAUCACAGCAUGUCUUUCAAAUUCUCACUCAAAAUUUGCUGGUAUCAAACAUUUCUCAGUCAACAGUUAUUUAUGUACUUAAAUUUGCAUUGAAUGUUGUUUUUUUGUUUUCAAAAAAUACAAUAUUAUUCGUUUACUAUUAUUAUGUAUUAGAACAACAUUUGAAUUCCAGAGAAAAUAGAGAGAAAUAAAAACACCUCAGACUGACUAGA